AUGGAUCAACUGGAUUUAAAAGAAGACAGGAUGCUGGAGGUUAAAUUUGUGGGGGAUGAGCAUGUUCUUUAUCACAUUCUUGAUAGAGAAGGAGGAGCUAAAUUGAAAAAAGAGCGAAUUCUGCUUUUGGACAGUGCAAAAAAAUCAAUAAAGAAACCAGAACAUAACUUAGAGGACAAUGACCAAGAAGACCUAAAAGAUCAGAACUAUGUUGAAGUUUUGGGGAGAGAUGUUCAAGAAUCUUUGAAAAACGGCUCUGCUAUAGGUGAUGCAAGUAAAGUUUAUUCUUUUCAAAAUAGAAAACCACCUGAAAAGAUGGCUAAACUAGCUUCAGAAUUAGCAAAAACACCAAGAAAAAUUGUUUCCUGCAAUUUGAAGGAUGAUCCUGAAGAAGCAAUAAACAUUCCUCAAAGUAGCAAAGGGCAUUCUACUUCAGACAAAGUUGAGCUGAAGAAUGUAGAAACAACUCGUAGAAGUUUAAGGAAAAGAGUAAUAGUUCCAAGUUCUCUUUCGGAGAGUGAAAGUGAAUAUUCUGCUUCCAACUCAGAGGAUGAUGAAGGAGUUGCACAGGAAUAUGAAAACACUAACGAAGUCAUACUGAGUUCAAAAAUUCAAGACCAGAACAGAAUAGUUCCAUCUGUUUGCAAAGAAACACAUUCUAAGAAAAUAAAGGGAGAUAAAACAAGUGACUUAGUAGAAGAAUAUUUUGAAGCUCACAGCAGUUCAAAAGUUUUAACCUCUGAUAGAACACUGCAGAAAUUAAAAAGAGCUAAACUGGAUCAGCAAACUUUGCGUAACUUACUGUGCAAGGUUUCUCCUUCUUUUUCCACUGAACUUAAACAACUUAAUCAACAGUAUGAACAGUUAUUUCAUAAGUGGAUGUUGCAGUUACACUUAGGAUUCAACAUUGUACUUUAUGGAUUGGGAUCUAAGAGAGAUUUACUAGAAAGAUUUCGAACUACCAUGCUGCAGGAUUCCGUUCAUGUUGUCAUCAAUGGCUUUUUUCCUGGAAUCAGUGUGAAAUCAAUCCUGAAUUCUGUCACAGAAGAAGUCCUUGAUUAUGAAGGUACUUUCCGCAGUAUUUUGGAUCAAGUAGACUGGAUAAUAAACAGAUUUAAAGAAGAUACUUCUUUACAACUCUUUCUGCUCAUCCACAAUUUGGAUAGCCAGAUGUUGAGAGGAGAGAGAAGUCAGCAAAUUAUCGGGCAGUUGUCAUCUUUGCAUAAUAUAUACCUUAUCGCUUCUAUUGAUCACCUCAAUGCUCCCCUUAUGUGGGAUCAUGCAAAGCAAAGUCUUUUUAACUGGCUCUGGUAUGAAACUACUACAUAUAUUCCAUAUACUGAAGAAACUUCCUAUGAGAAUUCUCUUUUGGUUAAACAAUCUGGAUCGCUACCACUUAGUUCUCUAAUUCAUGUCUUACGAAGCCUUACUCCUAAUGCAAGGGGGAUUUUCAGACUACUAAUAAAACAUCAGCUGGAUAACCAGGAUAACCCAUCUUAUAUUGGACUUUCUUUUCAAGAUUUUUACCAGCAGUGUCGGGAGGCAUUCCUUGUCAACAGUGAUCUGACACUUCGGGCACAGUUAACUGAAUUUAGGGACCAUAAGCUCAUAAGGACAAAGAAGGGAACUGAUGGAGUGGAGUAUUUAUUAAUUCCUGUUGAUAAUGGAACAUUGACUGAUUUCCUGGACAAGGAAGAAGAGGAGGCUUGA